AUGUCAGACUCAAUGAAUGCCAUCGUUAUCACAAAAUUCGGCGGACCCGAAGUUCUAGAGCAUAAAAUCGUUCCAAAGCCGACAGUGCGUACCGGGGAAGUUCUCGUCGCCGUGAAAGCCUUUGGCCUGAAUCAUGCCGAAAUGCACAUGCGCAAGGGUGAAUGGGAUGAAUGGAACCCCAUCACUGGAUUGGAAUGUGUCGGAGUCGUGGAGGCUUGCCCCGGAGGGGAAUUCAGAGAAGAAACCGACCGGGGGGGUUAUGGCGAAUUUGCGGCUGUGCCUGUCACCAACGUUAUCGCGGUGCAAACAAGCUUACCCUGGGAGGAACUGGCUGCCAUUCCGGAAAUAUAUAUCACUGUGUGGUCGUGCCUUUUCACCGUUCUUGAUCUCCAGAAAGGUGAAAGGAUUCUCAUUCGUGGUGCAACUUCUACCCUGGGCCAGGCUGCUGUGAAUUUGGCCGUGAGUGCAGGCGCCCGAGUGACCGCAACGACCCGUCGCCAGGAACGAUUUGAGUUACUUAAACAGAUGGGGGCCGCAGAAACCAUCAUCGAGCAGGCUGGGCUUGACCGUAUUCAUACAGUCGAAUUCGACAAGGUGCUCAAUCUUAUUGGCAAUCGAGUACUGUUGGAAUCGAUCAAUUUGACUAAAAGUGGAGGCCGCAUGCUUCAAGCGGGCUGGCUGGGAGGGUUGGACCCAGUUCCGGACUUUAAUCCAAUGCUGCAGAUGAAAUCUGGGGUACAUUUCAGUCUUUUCCAUGGGAAAGUUCUAGGGAGCUCCGGGUUUCCUUUCUCGGAGAUCCCAUUGCAACAAAUCGUCCAUCAAAUUGAAAAUGGGGAGUGGGAUGCCCGGCCGACGCAUGUUUUUGAUUAUCAGGAAAUCCGUAAAGCCCACGGGAUUCUGGACUCGGGGGAUGCGGGAGGGAAGAUAGUUGUCAAGAGAUGUUGA